AGGUCAUCAUCAUCAUCACAAAAUGGUGGCCCCUCGCGACCGCCGUGGAGCGCUGAUACCUCAGUUCUUCGCCGGCCGCUCUGUGCUCAUCACGGGGGCUACUGGCUUCGUCGGCAAGGUGCUGGUAGAGCGACUCCUGGCCACCUGCCCUGACAUCUCCACCCUGCAUCUGCUGCUGCGAGUCAAGAAGGGCGCAACUCCGACUGAGAGGCUGAAGGCGCUUAAGGAGUCCCAGGUGUUCGACGUAGUCCGUCAGCGAAACCCAUUGCAGUUGGACAAACUGCGUGUUUUGGAGGGCGAUGUGGCAGCGCCAGGGUUAGGGUUGGCUGCUGACGCUGCCUUAAAACUUCAGGACGUGUCAGUGGUGUUCCAUUCGGCAGCGACCCUGAAGUUCGACGAGGAGCUCCGUAAAGCCGUGGACCAGAACGUGCGCAGUGUCAUGCGCUUGCUGGAGCUGUGCGACAAGCUGCCCAACAUGCAGGCCUUUAUCCAUGUCUCCACAGCGUACAGCAACGCAGAGCUGUCGUCAGUAGAAGAACGCGUGUACCCACCACCAGCGCCUUUAGAAGCUGUGCUAGCUCUUACCGAUCAUGUACCAGACCCGACUCUAGCUGGGAUAACACACCAGUACAUAGCGCCUAAACCUAACACGUACACGUUCACGAAGGCCCUGGCGGAAACUGUGGUGGAGCGGCAUGGCAACACUGGCUACCCGAUAUCCAUCUUCCGUCCAACUAUAGUAAUAUCAGCCCAGAAGCACCCGUUCCCGGGCUGGAUCGAGAAUUUCAACGGCCCGUCGGGCGUGGUGGUGGCCACCGGUAAGGGCCUACUCCACGUGUUCCCCACCAAGUGCGGCGUGCACACGGACUUCCUGCCCGUCGACAUUGCUGUGGACACACUCAUUGCCGUGGCCUGGGAGACUGCUGUGGACCACUCGAAAGAGGUCCGCGUAUACAACUGCAGCACCGGCGCCAACCCCACCACGUUUGAGGACUUCGAGAGGAACCUGCGCCGGGAAACGACCCGCCACCCGCUAGAUGGCGCGCUCUGGUACCCGUCGGGGACGGCCGUGCAGACCAAAUGGGCGCGGACAUUGCUAGAGUUUCUUCUGCAAACUGUACCACUCCAUCUGGCGGAGUACACGGCGAGAAUGAUUGGAGUUAAAACAUCCGUAAACCUAAUAACAGCGAACAAGCGCUUAACCGCCAUGACGGACGCACUAGAGUUCUUCGCUACGCGCGAGUUCAAUUUCGAGAACGACCGCGUGCGGGCGCUGCACCAGCGGCUGGCGCCGGAGGAUAAGAAGAUCUACAAUUUGGAUGUUAUGAGCAUUAACUGGGACGAGCUCUACGCGGACUUCGUGAAGGGCACGCGCAAGUACCUGCUUAACGAGAAGGAACAGGACCUGGAGAAGGCGAGGAGACACAUGCACAAAAUGUGGUUUCUACACAAAGUCUUAAAACUGGUCACAUUCCUCCUCUUCCUUCGUGUCUUGAUGCAGAACCGCUUCGCACGCUCCUUCGUGUACGGAACCCUCAGACUGUUGCUAUCUCUGUUCGGCGCGGUGUACCACCGGCUAGUGCGCACGUGAGAGCGGGAUAG